AUAUAUUUUAUGAAAAUUUGUGACAGAAUACUAUGUGAGAUUUGAAAUUUUGUUUACUUUAUUGAUGGUAAAACAGCAUGCAAAUUGCUAAAAGGACUUUAUUAAUUUUAGAUUUAAACACCGUUAUUUUGUUGGCAUUUUGUCUAAAGUUUGGUGAGGAAGGACUGUAUGCAAUAUAUCUAAUGUUUUAUUGCAUUAUAAUUUGUCCUUGCAAAUCCCUUUUUUUACACCUUAGAUAAACAAUUCUGUCAGAGGCACAAUUUAUUGUUUAUUUUUCACAUUGUGUGUCAACCUUUGGCAGGGUUUGCAAUAAACUAACUGAUUUUAACAUAUACAAUGAGAGAGAUUUGUGUUUGACAUUGAUCAGCUUUUUUGUAUAUAUGUGGCGAUUUGAGUGAUUUAAAUUUUAUGGGUGAGAUGUAUGUUGAAAUGCUUUAGGAAACUUCUUUCCGAAUAAUUUUCGCAUUUGUCAGAUGGUCAGAGCAAGUAAUUUUAGUAGAUUUAGAUUUUAAAUGUCACAUAAAUACUGCAGUUCCUGAAAACCUUCAAUUUUUUUGGUCAUUUAUAUAAUAAUGCAGAUGUAAGAUGCGCACUCCUGUAUUGUUUGUUUUUUGAUGGACGCAUAUCUGCUACAUAAAUUAAAUGGAAUACAGUGGAUUCUUCCACGGGAAACAGCUAGUACCAAGUACAAUCGCAAAUAUCUCAUCUCUCAUACCCAGCAUUUACUUCUCACAAAAAUGUAUCAUCACAGCAUCUAUUGAAAGAAAGUCAAAAGAAUUAUGCAAGAAAAAGAAUGGUAGUGUUUUAUAUGGGACAUUAUUUGAAGAUAUGAAUAACUUUAGUAUUGAGGCAAUUUGGAAUGAGUUGAAGGUAUCUCAGCCAUUUUUAAUAGAUGUAUUUGCUGCUACAUCUGGAUUACAACUUAGCCCCGAUAGAUUGCCAGAAGUUGCAAAAGUCAAGUUUUGCUUCAUAUACUCUAUCCUAAUGAAUAUUAAAUGGGAAAAGCUAUAACUUUUUCAAAGACUUAACACAGUUUCACUAAUAGAAGGCGGUGCAAGUAAAAAGCUUCAGCAAAGGUUACACAAGCUUGGAGUAGCUCUAUCAUACACCUCCCGUUCAUACCUGUUGAAUUUGAUUGGAGGACAUUUUUGUGACAAAGCAGUUAAUGCAGUCAAGGAAAACAAAUCAUUACGUGGUACUGGUGACAAUUGGGAUUUGCGAGUAUUAAAAGGCCACAUGACCAAGGAACUUCAAAAUGAAGAUAUCCAUUUAUUUGCCUCAAAUCUUUACAUUAAUAGAGUAGAUUUUAACCAUUUGUCCAAUGAUGCCCCAAUUCGUAAUUUAAAUGACUGUAAUCGUUGCGUUUUCCUGUUGAAUAGGAAUGAUUUAACAAGGCUGAGAAAUAAUUUCAUGGUUUUAGUUGGCAGAAUUUGCUUUGAAUACCUUCCGAAGUUCAAAUUUUUGAAAAAGGUAAUACCUAAACACAUCCAACAUGAAUUUUCAUAUGAAAUGGCAAAAAGCUCAGUUAUCAUCAGUUUACCAAUUAUUGAUGCUAAUGAAGUGAAAUAUGAUGAUUGUGUGAAAAUCCUCAGAACAUAUGAAAAUUGGAUUUUUGAGAUCUACAAAAAAAGUGGCAGAAUAAACGAAAGGGAGGUUGAAAAUCCUAUUUUUCCUAAAGACGAUGCAUCUAGACCUGAUCAACCUGGAGCACAUUUUCAGUCAAGUGAAGAUGAUCCUAUGCGAGAAAUGAAAAUUCCUUUUGCGGGAGAUCAAUUGACCCGUGUAAGGUUUGCUGGUGCUAAGGAUCUACUUGCAGAUGCACAUACACCAACUGACAGGUUUGAGCACUGCUCUCCGUUCAAACCAGUGAUGUGGCACUGUAAAGCAUCUUUUCUACAGGGAUGUUAUAGUAUGUUAUACGACAGCACUUCAUUUAAUCAACAAGGCACAUUAAAAUUCUUCAGAGAGAAAUAUAACCGUCGAAAUGUAACUCCAACAAAAGUCUUAGAUUCGUACGAUGGUUGCGAAGAAUUAUUAAUAAGUGUUGGAAAAGCAUAUAUUGUUGUAGGGUUGAUGAAACACUUUGGAAUGGCCAGCCUUGAUAGUUACCCUACAUUGAAUAAAUUUAAUUCAAAUAUGUGUCACAAAGAAACAACUGAAAUACAGAGCUACUACAAUGAAUCCAUUGGAUCUUUUGUUGACAAUUACAUUUUUCAGAAGGGGCAAUCUCCUGAACCAGGUGAAGAUGAAGAUUAUAUAAAAAAUUAUGCAUUGUUGGUGUCAUAUCUAACUAUGAUUCUACUGCAACUGAAAGAUACAGCAGCGGAAGGUGAUGGUGAAAGAAAUUUGACCAAUCAAAAAUUGCUUAUGCCCAUAUUCAAGUCAUUUAAUACACACAGCAAGUAUGCAUUGGAGAUGUUUGUGUCCAUAGCACAAAUAGAGUGCCUAUCAACACCACGUUUGUCUGCACAACUCAAGUGGGGCUUUUUUGUAACUGGACGGGUGGUAUGGGUCGAAAUAUUGAAGAUGAUUUAGCUCAAGAGAUUUCCAACAACAUUAGUAAGAAUGUAGUAAAAAGAUUAGGUGCAAACAAAUCCUUAACAUCUAUCAGCACAAUUUGCAAAGCAACAACAGGAAUCAAGGCACUUCUAGAAAACCUUGACAAAGUUCUAAAUGUACCAAAAAACAGUUCAAGACACACAACCACAAGCCCUUAUGAGGAUGAAUUACAAAUGAUCAAUGAUCUACUACAAUUAGAUCCAUUUGAAUAUACACCUGGACGCUUUCAUCCAUCAUUUAGAAAUAUAAAAAGAAGCCCUCAGUUAUACCUUGACACUAAUCAUUUCCAUCAAUGGCUUACAAAGCAUAAAAAGCAAGUUUCUGGAAUGUAAAAAAUGUAUAU